CCGAGGCAGUGAGGUCCCAAAUGUGAGCAGAGGAUGGACACAGCACCAAGCUCGUAUCCUUUACAGCUCAGACCUAAAAAGCCAUUUGAAUUUAUUGAAAAGUCUCAAGCAAAAUGGCAUCCCAGCCCUCAAAAACAGAAUCUCAAAAUGAAAAAGAAAACAGUGCAUUCCCUACCACCACCACCAAUACCACCACCACCACCUGCUGACCAUCGAAAUCCUGGAACAAACAGAAGUAUGAUGUCACAGGAUGAGUGCUUACAGACAAAUGUUCAGGGAUACUCGGAUGAAACCUCCUUCCCAGAAUCUAGACAAGUGAUGUCAAAGGCCCAGUCCUAUCAGGGAAGAAUUCAGGAUGCUUGGUUCACUGAACCAACACAGCAGAUGAUGUCACAAAUCCAAUUGCUCAGUCAAGAUGGACAGUCCACCAUCACAGAACGAAUGACAGAAGACAAUCAAAGUGUUGGUUUGGAAAGCCACUGUGACAUUCAGUCAGCAGGACCAGCUAACGCACCUAGAGUCCGUCUGCCUACAGGCCGACUAGUGCCGGGUCAAUGCACACCAGCAGAGAGGGCCAUCUUAGAGAUGCUGGGGGAACUGCAGCUCCAGGUCCAGCAUCUCACUUCUGUUAUUACCCAAAGAGGCCCCUUUUUGGGUAACAGCAGCCUGAAGAUGCCACCUGCACCAGCAGAUGGACUUCCACUGGAAAGCAUUCAGGCCUUGAAUGACUUUGAAGUCCAUCUUCAAAACAAGAUCUUCAAGCAAAAAUUGGUGUCAAAACUGUCACUGGUUGGGGGGCAAACACUUAAAAAAACAGUGUGGCGGAUUUGUGGCAAAGUGUUUGCUCCUCAACUAGCUGUGCAGUUGAACUGGUGUGGCAGAGGAGAGAAAACGGCCAUCAAAAACACACACCUGAAAGACACAAUUGUCUAUGUCCAGCAAGACAACUCUGAUUCAGAAGAGGAAGUGGAGCAUGUAUCCAAAGAAGAAGAUGGGGAGGAAUACAACCCAGAGCAUGAUGAAUCAUCUUCAGAAGAAGAAGAAAACCCUGAAGCUAAAAGAGAGACUUUCCUUUCAAAAAAUGGCAAAAUAACAUGGUCCUCAGCAGCAUAUGACCAACACGGCAGGCAUGCAGAACAAAACGUUGUGCUUGAUGUGACAGAGGGACUGAGGGGUCACAAUGUCACAUGUGACAAUUUCUUCACCUCUUAUGAACUCGGACUGCAGCUCCUGAAGAGGAAGAUCACCAUGGUUGGUGCAGUUCGAAAGAACAAGCCUGAGCUCCCACCUGCACUGCUUGCGUCAAAGGAGAGAAAGGUCUUCUCCUCAAAGUUCGCCUUCACGCCCACCACCACUCCAGUUUCCUACCUCCCAAAGAAAAACAAGAAUGUAGUUCUUCUGAGCACACUGCACGCAGAUGGUGACAUUAGCAAUCGUGAGGACAGGAAGUCAAUCAUCAUCCUAGACUACAACCGCAACAAAGGAGGUGUGGACAACCUAGAUAAGGUGAUUGGAACAGAUAGCUGCAGAAGAAUGACUGCCCGCUGGCCCCUGGUCAUCUUCCACAACAUCAUUGAUGUUUCCUCCUACAAUGCCUUUGUGAUUUGGAGAGAGAUCAACCAGACCUGGAUGUCUCGUAAGCAGAACAAGAGGAGGGUGUUCCUGGAGCAGCUAGGAAAGGCACUUGUAACUCCACUCAUUGAAAGAAGGAAGCAUGUCCCCCACACAGAAGCCUUAGCAGCAGUUGUGAAAGCUAUUCAGAGUGCAGGAGCCCCUGAUCAACCUGAGGAUCCAGCUACCACAGCCACUUCCCCAGCUAGGGCAAGUAAGAGGAAGAGAUGUCAGUUCUGCCCUCAAAAGAAGGACUGUAAAACACAUACUGUGUGCUGCAGGUGUAAGAAAUAUUUCUGCAAAGGCUGUGCACUUGCAUACUGCCCUCCAUGUGCUAAUUAGUUGAAUGGGUUGUUAUAUUUCAUAUUUUUGUAUUGUACAUUGUCUUAAAUUGUUCAC